UGCUUGGUAGUACUACAUCAGUAAACUCAGGUCCCAGCUUUGGAAACAACACUCACAGGCUCAGGCUCAGACACAGGGUCUAUACCUUCGUCUCCUUCACCUCCUCACCACAAGAUCAGGCUCCACUCCCCCACCUUCGCAUUCAUAGUCCAACGCUCCCUCCUCCCGUCCAGAACUCAUAUCUUUUAUUCUACUUGUACGAAACAUCAUUUCUAGGCGCUCUGUCACAUCUGCCUGGAUUUUUUUCAGUGUCAGACAUUACGUGGAAUGAUAGGAAAUCGACCCGCAGGAUUUGAAAUUUAUGGUAUCAUUACGCGGGGUGCUGAGGCCCUGAGUACUUAUGAGCAGUCAAAGAUCUUUGACCGGUCGAACCUUGAUUGGCAUGGUGCUGUUGCUGAAGGCGCGGCGCCGUGCUCGAUACUAGUGCCUCCAUUCGACUCUCUUAAACAUGGAUCCACAAACCUUCAUUCAUCUAUCAACCCUCUUCCAGUCUCAGAACUAUUUUUUGGGUGCCAUCAUUUCGACCAUAAUAAUCUCUCAUUGCUAACAGGGUUUGCGCUAGCAUCACUAAUGGUUUCUUGGGUCUACGAUUGUUUCCUAACCUUGGACCAGGAGGUAUCUUUGAUUCAUCGGCCACGGUGGAGUAAAGGAAGUAUUCUUUAUAUCAUGACGAGAUACAUACCAGCCUUGAUGCUCUCUGUACACUUAUUCAUGAACUAUCUCCCAAAUGAAAAAAUUGUGACUUGUGACAUUCUACAGUCAAUGUGGUAUUGUACUGCUGCAUUGUGCGUGACUGGUGCAGAAGGUAUCUUCAUGCUUCGUACCUAUGCAUUAUGGGGACAUAAGAGAUCCAUUCUGGGCCUUAUGUUGUCAACGGCACUCUGCCUGGCGAUCUUGAACGUGGUAAUAGCGCUGAAGGGUUGGAAACAUUCGAAAAUCCACCUAUCAGACAUAGGUGGCGGUUGUCGCUCACUAGACCACAACACGAAGGCUGCAUAUAAUUGGUCACUUCUAGCAGCAUUCGAGCUUGAGAUCAUGGUACUCACUAUAAUUCGUGUAUAUUGGGCAUACCGCGAAAGAGGGUGUCUGCUGCUCGAUAUCCUUGUACAACACAACAUUUUUUACUUCGGAACUGGGCUAACACUAUCGGUGCUCAAUAUUUUAACCAUUCAAUGGCUACCGUUUAACUCCUCAAAUAUGUUUGCAACAUUUCAGAUCGUCAUGCAUACGAUCCUCGUGACUCGGAUGCACCUACAGUUUUGCAACACCGUUUGCGACUCCCCUGAGUCCGGAACCACAUCACACUCUCGAUUGACAAAUAUUGAACUUCAGACGCGUUCGCCUUCGCAUUCGAAUGCAUGAUGAUUCGAUGGAAUGGGUACAUUUCAUCUUCAUUCAGACGUUUUUUUCUGUUGUGUUGCAAAGAAUCCGAGCUGCUGUUGGGCCAUCAGGAACAAGUGACGGAUGCAGGGUUGUAUAUAGUAGCUUGCUAGACUAACGAGUAAGAGGUGCAUAAAAUUGCUGGAAUUUACGCACGAGGUUUCUCAG